CAGCUCCUGGAGAGAUGGCAAAAUCAAUGGAUUUCUGUGUUUUCAGUGUUCUGGUGACGGGAUCUGAUCGCGGGAUUGGUCUGGGUCUGGUGAAGAGAUUUCUGGAGCUGCCCUAUCCACCCAAGUGGGUCUUUGCUACAACUCUUGACCUGGAAGGAAAAGAAACCAAGGAACUAAGAGAGUUGGCUUGCCAACAUCCGAAUCUGGUGGUAUUGCAAUUAGAUGUUACUAAACUUGAAAGCAUCCAGGCCGCUCAGCAAGAAGUGCAGAAAUGUGUUGGAGAAGGUGGCCUGACCAUCCUAUACAACAAUGCCGGCAUUGGGACUUUCACUGACCUGCAAACAGAAAAUGCCAAGAAUAUGAUGAACGUUUAUUCUGUCAAUACCAUUGGUCCAUUACAAAUGAGCCAGGCCUUCCUACCCCUGCUGAAGAAGGCAGCCCGGAGAAGCCCAUGUCAAGGGCUGAGCAGCUCCAAGGCAGCCAUUAUUAAUAUGAGCAGCAUUGGGGGUUCGAUUGAACUUAUGGCUCUUUGGGACCAAUAUCAAGUACUUGGAUACCGCUGCUCUAAGGCUGCUCUAAACAUGCUCACCAAGUGUCAGUCUCUUGGAUAUUCAGCCGAUGGUAUCAUGACUGUGGCCAUCCACCCU